GAAGCCAAUCAGGGCCAGGGCAAAGGUCAAAGAAGGAGACCUGGGCCUCGCCAGGCACCUGUCAGGUCUGGAGGCUCCCACGGGAGAGAAGGGUCCUUACCGCUGCCACCGCCGCCUGCAGCCGCCACGCUGCGCCGCAUCCAUUCGUAGGGCGUCCGCCUUGGCGCUCCUGGCGAGGACGGUGCGCCCGGAGCCCCGAGGGACUGCGCCAGGAUGCCGGGACCAGGCCCGGGAGGCGCGGGCACCGGGCUAAAGUCCGGAGGGGGCCCGAAGGCCAGCGGGGCCGGGCUGGCGGCUGAGGCCGUGGGGCCCGGGCCAUAGGCAGCUGCCCAGUCGUCCUUGGGCGCAGGGAAGGGCGCAGCCCAGGUCGGAGGGGGCGCGGGCGCCGGCUCCACGUGCGUGUAACCCGCGAAGUCGGGGUACUGCGGGGGCGCGGGCGCCGGGCCAGGGGGCGCAUAGGUCGGAGGGCCCAGGCCGAGGCUGGAGGGUCUGGCGGGGCCUGGGUACACGGGGGAGUCCUUGUCCAGCACAUAGCCCACGUACAUGGUGACCGCAGGGUCCCCCGCGCAUGCUGGGCCCUGGAGCCGCCGCGCCCGGCCGGCCGCCCCGACGACCAGCGACUGCUCACCUGGCCCCGCGGCCGCCGCCGCGCCCGCCCCACCCCGGCCUUUUAUAGCCGCGGGCCGUCCGCGGCCCCAGCCGGGCGGCUUUGCAUUUCAAAGCGGGGGGAAGCCUCGGGGCCGCGAAUCAAAGGGGGAAGCCCGUCGGGCGAGGGGGUUCAAAAGGAGACAAAUUGCCGCCCUAAGCGGGAGGUGGAUGGGCCAGCGGGCUGGGGACCCGGAGGGCGCGGCCUGGAUGACGGUCCGGUCCCAGCUUGGGGUUCCGACUCCUCCUUCGGGGGUCGCAGGGACCUCCCCACCACCCACCCCUGGGUUACAGGUGGAGAAACUGGCUCCGAGGAGCGGGGUGGAGUGGUGGCAUGACCCUAGGCGAGCCUCACACCGCCCACAGAGCAUGGGGACACUGUCAGCAGUGACCACCAGCUUGAGGGUCUCCCUGGAUAGCCGAGAGCCAUUUUCUGCUGUGUCUAUCUGGGAUGGCAGGCAUCCACCACCAUUCUCAGCUUCUUAGUGGUUUUUCAGCUUGCAGUGAGUAUUUAGACAGACACGCCUUUGAUCUGUACUCAUCUGUGUGUGGAGAUGAACAGGAGUCAGACCCAAAGUUUAAGGUAGCAAGGGAGAAAGCUCCAGGCCCAGGUGAACGGUCAGGACUCAACAGUAGCAGUGUCAGCCCUGGGUCUUUCUCUAGUGUGUCAUCAGCCACUCUUUUCCUUGGGGACCUGCUUAGCUAGGAAUGUCUCUCCAACUCAGGUGGCCUCUUACUACAGAGUCCCAGCACACAGUACCGGUCCUCAGGUCCUCAAACAGGGCAGAUGUUCAGUGAGGUCACUACACAAAUUAUCA